AUGCACAUGCGCCCUCACCUCCUUACGCUCCUCCUGACAGGUCUCCCACGCGCCUCAAUCGCACACACCUAUACGCCCCGCAUCCCAGGCGCAAUACCAAUACCAAUCCUAGAGCACCCCACCUGCCGCAGGAACUUCACCUGCGCCGCGCCAUUGCGACAAGAUUUUAGCACCAUAAUGGCGGAUAUGGCGAAGGAAGCCCAAGCGGAGGUCAACAGACUAGCAGAGCCAUGUGAAAAGGAGGGCGAGAUCCUAGAAGGGAACCAGGCGCGGGACGCAGCUUUGAAGAAGGUCGAAGAAGCUAAAGUCGAGGAAAAGCUACCAAAGCUGAGCGCUGCGGAAUUUAGGGUGUAUAACAGUAUGGCGGAACACAUGGAGUAUUUUCACAACCAUUUCCGACAAUCCUGGACAAUCCUCAAAACAGCCUGCGACACCAACCGGCGCCCCGCGAACAUGUCCCUGAAAGCCUUCCUCUCAACAGGCCUCUCCUUCCUCCAGCACCUCGAAACGCACCACUCGAUUGAAGAAGCGCACAUAUUCCCCGUGCUAGCGCGCAAGAUGCCAGAAUUCGAAAACGGGCGCAACGCGGCCGAGCUGCUGCGGCAGCAUAAAGAAAUCCACGUGGGGAUGGAGAAGCUGGAGGCGUAUCUGUUGAGUGUGAAGAGCGGGGAGAGGGAGUUGGAGUUGAGGGUUAUGAGGGAGAGGAUGGAGGCUGGGGGGUGGGGAGAUGUGCUUUGGACGCAUUUGGACCAGGAGGUGAAGACGCUGGGGGGCGGAGAAUAUGAGGAAGUAUUGUGA